AUGGAUUCAGGCAGGAGUCUCAGACUUCCAAGGAAGGACAAUACCGCCCUCAUCGAGCCGACCCCAACCCCAAGCCCAGCGCAGCGUUUGCCGGCCCACACACCCGCGUACCAGAUGGGUUCAAGCACACAUUGGGAGGGGGAAUAUAGACAAGGGACGUCAGGGAAUAGCAAAGAAGAAUGGAUGUUGAAUGAAGUAGACAUGGGGUUAUACUCACCAAACCUUAGUUCGCCACUCACGGGAAAUUUUUCAGAUCAGUGGUCCUACAGACCAACAUCUAAAAAUCGACAUCUCAAACGAUCCUGGAUAAAAAUUCAUCACACUCAAGCCCAGAAGAGAGAAAUGGCCGGAUAUAAGUCCGUCAUUUCCAACCCCAAGUCUACUGCAGAAGCAAAAGCGAACGCAGAGAGGAAGCUGAAGCAGUUGAUGAAUGACGAGAAAUUCGAGUCACAAAGCAACCCGACCAUUGGAGACCGCAUCCAUGGACGCGAGAAGAAUGCCGCACAAGAAGCUAAAGACGAAAAGUUCGAGACGGUAGGUGACCGCGUGCGUGCACGAGGUCGCCAGUCUGGUGCCGGCUCUGCUUCUGCUAGUGCGGCCUCUCAUUAUCUUGCUGGAGACAAGAACCCAAAGAGGAUUAUUGCUGGAUUGAAGGCAUCCUUGAAGAAUCCCAAUACGUCCGAAGACAAAAAGCAAGUCAUCCGUGACAAGCUCAAGUCCCUCUUGCUCUUUCCGUAUUUGCCGUGUCCGACUCUCGAGCGAUGCAAUGACCACAAGAGGCAGGGCAAAGGUGAUGUCGGCGGUGUGUCUGCCGACAACCCGCGCGCCCACACGGCCAGCUUCACUGCAACACCCACUAGACUAAAUCGACGUUUCGACCAUCGGUAUCGACCUCUAGUGAGGGAUAAAGUCCAUAUGCAGGAAGGAAAAGGAGGCACGUGGAGUGCAGACUUGCAUUCACAGAUCAGGACCGGAUCCCAUCAUACUGCACUAGGCCCGAUUGAUCAGAGGAUGUCUAGAACGGUCAUCAGCUCUAUCGUGAUCGACGAUAGGCAUCCCAAUGUCACGUACAAUGGAGUACCAUGGGAUCUGCACACUUCGUUAGGUAGCACCUCUAGACUCUACAACAACACGGACAGUAUCUCAGGUGUAAAAGGAGCAACAGCCACAGUCAACUUUUAUGGGAAUGCUGUUGAAUACUGGGGUAAUCAAGGACCUGACCACGGUCCUUGUGCUGUCAGCUUGGAUGGGACGAUGUUGGGCAUGGUCAACUCGUUUGCAGCCCAGGAGGGAGCCUCUAUCCUCCUCUAUGAAAAGGAUGGCUUUGCUCUUGGAGAUCAUACGCUCGCUAUCACAGUCUUGGGAAACGACCAUGUGUGCGAGAUUGACCGCUUUGUUCAUAAGGCAACUUUGCUUGCUGCUGCUGCUGGAAUUAUCGGGGGUAUCGCAAUAGUCACACUCGUAAUUCUCAUUAUCAUGUGCUACAGACGGAGAAACCUCAAGAAAGCCGCCCGCCAAGACGAAGAACGACCAAGUUCCUCCUCUUCCUGGUCUGAGAAAUCUAAACGGGCCGAGAAGAUUGGACUUCGACCGUUCAUCCUCCCCAACCUACCAAUAUCCACCCAGCAGCAAGAUCAUCGUCCGGUGGAGCGCGCGUCUGACGAGAAAACGCGCCCAACACGACGUGAGAGCCACCGCGCUCGCCCGGGAUCGGCUCCUGCUGCCACCACCACCCACAACCAGAACCCUGCACGUCGUAGCUCCACUCGUACAGGAAAUCCUCAACGCAGGUCGUCGAGUUCUAGUCCACAGACUGUUCCGCUCGAGGUGUCCCCUGGUGGCGCAGCCUCCUCUAAACCUAGAUUGCCAUUGACGGCUCCUGCUCGUGUGAUGACGACUUCUCCCCGAACGCCCUAUCCGAGAAACUCGAGGCAUUCAAGGAGAGUGACGAUUGACGUUGAGUCGGGUGUGAGCGACCGGGCUACUUACGACAACCGGAACAGUGCGACACCGUCGCCACAAUCCGAUGAAGCAAACAUGUCCUCUGCCCGUCCUUCUCCUUCUUCACCGUCACCCAAGCAACCGAGGAUCUCUCGUGACGUUGGUUCUGCUGCCGCUCAGCGCUCGAAUACGUAUAGGAGUGAAAAGUCGAGGUAUAUGGGUAGCCAAAGGACGACGCCCAUUUCUGCUGGAGCAUCGAGCCCAGCUUCAGCUAUUAGAGGAGUCGCAGGGCCCAGUGGAGUCGGAGGAGAGACUACUUUUCAGCCUUCAGUGAGGAAUACGGAAUCAAUCUUUACGGACGCUGCUCCUCCUUCCUACCAGUCGUAA